GACCCUUCAGUAUUAAUACGUCGAUCUUUCCUGCCUGGGCUGUGCUCUGCUGUGCUUUAAUGUCUUGGGGGUUUGUGAUGAGCCCUCAGAGUAAAUGGAGUUUGAAAUUCUGAGCGUCUCCGCUGCAGGGGCAGAAGCCCCCACGCCGACUCCUCCGGCUUCACGUGCAAGACGUUUGUUAAGCGUAUAAAACGUGCCAACCAAAAGCGUGAGGUGGCGCCGUGAGACCCCCUUCUGCCAAAUCAUCGGCGUCAUGUGAUAAAAGAGAGAGAGAGCGGACGAGCGAGCGAGAAUUUAAAAGGGCGGACAUGGGGGGCUGCAGUUCACUCCUCAGAAGACCACGAGAGACCAGCAGCACCGCCGGGGUCCUCGCCAGCAUCCUGACUCAGUUUGGUGACCUGACGGACUCACACAAUGAGCUUCACUGAGACCACCGUCCUGCUGUUUGGCCUCAUCCAAGGUGUCCUGUGUGCUGAGUGGUCAGUUCAGAUGCCUCAGAUAAUUAAAGCUGUGAACGGGUCCUGUGUGGUCAUCCCCUGCACAUUCAGUGUCCCCGAUGGACAGACAGGUGGAGGGAGUCGGACAGUAGCGUCAUGGAGAAGAAACUCAACGACAGGACAAACGCUUCGUACCUCAGGUGGUGACAAGAAAGGACAACUGCCGCUAGUCGAGGUGAUUGGUGACAUGUCAGCAAACAACUGCACGUCCGUCAUGAGAGAGACACGCAAAAGGCACUCCGACUUGUACUUCUUCAGGACUGAAUACUUUAACUACACCUACCCGACAGGGGUCUUCAUCAACAUCACCGGCUCCCCAGACAAACCAGUCAUCUCCCCACUGGCUGAAGUGCAAGAGGGGACAUCAGUCAAUGUGACCUGCACUGUCCCCAUUCCGUGUCCCUCUGAGUCACCUGAGCUGAAGUGGCACAAUGUACUGAAUGGGACGGUGACACAAGAACAUGUGAUGAACGCAGACGGGACGGCGUCUCUGUCAUCAGUUCUGACAUUUGUGGCCUCACCUGAGCACCACAAGAGAAUCACAUGCAGUGUGGACUACGGGGGGAGAAAUCAAAGUAGGAGCAGCACAGUGAAAGUCCAGCGCAGGAUCACUGGUACAAAGAAGGCCCACCUACCAAUCUCUGCCAUAGUUGGGAGUCUAAUGUGUGUGCUGUGUCUUCUGGUGCUCGUCUGCCUUGUGAAGGACUUUAAGAGUAAAAAAAACAAAACAGAAGAGCAAAGACGGAAGGCGGAUGUCACUGGCGAUGAGCAGGGUGUCUGCUCUGGAGAUUCGAUGGCCCUCGGAACCCUAAACAGAUCCAUAGAAAAUGAAAAAGAGGUCCAAUACGCCGAGAUCGAUUACUCCAGAAUGUGCUCCAAAAAUGAGAGACGUGAAAAUGAGAAUGAUGCCCAGAAUGAGUAUUCGGUGGUGAAGUUCUCGGCAAAAAACUAGACCCCCGAAUCAGAUGGGAGGCCUCUGUGUUGCUCUGUAGCCGAUGAUCAGGAGAGUUCAUUGCUGACCUGUGAUGGACGUCGUCAGUGCAGCACGUUCACAACACUGGCUUCUCUGAGGACCUCUCCAAGAUCUAAGAUCUUCUACUCAAUAUCAGAAACAAUGACAAAGAUAAAAAGGAAUUGUUCAUGUAAAGUGCUGAGGUGCUCAUUUAAAGACAGACAUUCACUUCUCAGAAACACACUUCAUGGCUCAUCAGGGACUCAUUCGGCGAUCGUCUUCAGAUGCCAGAGUGUUCAAGACUACAGAAUAUCUUCAGGAAUCAGGACCACGUCUCACUUUAUCCACGUUGAAUGUUUUUGUCAGGAACACGAAAUCCAAGCCUGGGUGGGAGUGCAGUUGACCCCUGGCUACAGGAGCCCACCGCCACACAGACAGACGGGGUCAAACUCAGACCCCUGGACUUGCAUGGACCGCCCAAAGUAAACUGCUUACUGUCCCUCCCUUCAUUGCUUCCUGCUGUUCAUUCUUAAAGAAAAUUAUAAAUGACAUGAAAUGCUGUAGCACAUCUGGCACAUCGAUUAUGAAGGAACAUCUCCUGGAAGGGGAAUCUUCAUUAGUCUACCAGCCUUUGUCAUGGAAGCGACAUCCACAACUUGGUACUGCAGAAAACUCCUUUGAGGAACCCACUGGCCAAGGCCGGGCUUUCAUGCUUUGAUUUGAUUUGUUUAGGGGGUCUCAGCCCCAUUGCUUGUACUGGUCAGUGGACGGAGCAGGAUGAGUGGGCUGCUCCUCCAGACGGCUCUGAGUGGAGUGGUGGCUCUGAGGCAAUCAGAAGGUUGUCCGUUCGAAUCCCGUAAAA